AACGCCGAAACACCGAACACCGGAAACAAGUAUAGAACAACGAUCAGAUUCUUUGUAAGGAGCAAAGACUGAACUUUGGCUCGCAUAUCAUCCGGGCUGCUGCGGAUUCUCCGUGAACAAAGGUUCUAAAACGAAAGCCCUUUUUAGUAGAAUGGUGCGCUGCGGCGACGAUGUUCUCGCCUUGAGCUUCCACGGUUCGGCCAUGGAAAUGUUCGAUCGAGUCGAAGCAAGGUUUGGCCAAAGGAAAGAUCCGCACCUGGUCGACGUGAAUGGAAUUAUCUAUACGAGCACUCCCUGAGGGCGAUUACAGUUACGCGCUCCCCCCAGAUGUGUUACGUGAUCCGCAAUUUGGCAAACUGGGGCGGCUUUCAAAACAGGAUUAUGGCCUCGUCAAGGAGGAGCAGUCAGGAAACAAUCCCGAGGUUCUCAACUUCCGGCCCGCAUUGGCUGCGCCUCCGUUGCCUUUACAGCUUGUUCCCGUGUUUGGAACCUUUCUGGACAGUGUAAGCACGGUCGCUGCAUCCGCGUUAUGAUGAUGACGAGUUCGAAAUGACUAGUGCGCUGCGGAGGUAGUGGAAGGAGUACCUUGGGCUGCAUUUGGAAGAUGAGUGAAGAGAACAAGCAUAGACUUGGGUAUUCGGGAAGAGCGAGGCUCUUCUGGUACUCACAAAACUGCAGCGGGGCAUGUCACUGGCGAAGACGGAGCCGCAGUCACACCCAUUACUCAAUUACAAGCUCUACUAUAGCACUUGCCGGGAGGAGAGCCUGAUACAUGCUUCCCGGUACUCAUCCUCGAGCGUGUUGGACAGCUGCUUCAGGUUGGUGCUGCUGUAGCUCUGCAAGGCCACCAGCCACUGGCAUUGCUCCUUCCCGCAGCGAUUCAUAGUCAUGAUCAGGGUGCACGGUGCUGUUGUUUGUGUGGCGGUGAAGCAGACGGCUCUCGGGCUGCGGGAGUAUUACCAGCGCUUUAUGAAUUCUGGGACGACAGUGGAACAAAUGCACCCAGAUAAGCGAGUCUAUCUUGUCAAGCAAUGCGAGGACUGCAGUGUUCAGCUGUACGGAUAUGCAGUCCACAAAGCGUGGGUGGGUCGACGCGGGCUACGCACCCCCGAUAUAUGGUGAACCUCGAGAGGUGCCGCGUGGCUGGCUAGCGGUGGUAAUGGGGCACCUGGAUGCUGAGGAAUGCUGCCAGCUUCUUUACUGCCACAGCGAUGCGGAAAAUCUCCGGGGCAAGGUGGUGGAGUGUCUAAAGGCUGCUCACCAGGUGAAAGUUGUUGAGACAAGCAGCGGGGAGGCUACGUGUGGCGUGCAUGGCGACAUGCGUGACAACAAUGUUGUGGAAAGGUGGAGGUGAAGUUCAUUGACUGAGGAAGGAUUGCCAAGGGCACUGUAUCCAGCGUUUAUAAAACAACAAGAUCAACUGGGCAGACGGAGUUGGAGCCAACAGGCCACCUCUUGUGAUGCAGGCAAGGCGAUUCUUCCAUUCUUUCCGUAAGUCUCGAUGAGCUUGUUGGAGUCCAAGGUAUCGAUGGCCGUACGGGAAGGUCCAUUACAGUCCUCGUACGGAGCCGACCUUUGCGCGUAGGUGACGUGAACGAGUAUUUCAUAUUAGCACGACAUGCAAACGAAUAGAUGCGAAUAUGUGCCGCCUGUUGACUUAUAUAAAGUUCCAUCGCAGGCGCGCUGCGAAGGCCCGCGGGCGUGGAUGGCGAUCAAUGCUCUCGCCUCAGGGCUGCCGCUGCUGCUUCUCACGCUCAUCCUCCAGCUCCAGCUCCAAUGCGGCUCUUCGGGAAUCACAAGCCCUUACCGGCGGAGGCUCCAAGCCUCGGAGGAUUUGCCCGUCGACAGCGAGUUUCUGCGACCUCCUGAUCUAGCAGGCUGUGGAAAUGCGCCAGAACAGGUCCACAUAACGCAAGGGAGUGUUACUGCGGAUUCCAUGAUCGUUUCCUGGGUUACUCCGUCACAACCUGGAUCGUUGGCUGUAAGUUUUGGAAACGAGACAGCAAAGUACUCGAGGACGGCGACUGGAAACAUCACAACAUAUAAAUACGCGAACUACACAUCUGGCUACAUCCACCAUGUGAAGCUCACUAAUCUCGAGUAUGCUACGAAGUAUUACUACAGACUCGGCGAUGGAGAAUGCGCUCGACAAUUCUGGUUCGUCACUGCACCGAAAUCUGGCCCCGACGUUGCGUACACAUUUGGCGUCAUAGGAGAUCUCGGACAGACGUAUGACUCCCUCAACACCUUUCAGCACUACUUAAACAGCAGCGGACAGACUCUUCUUUACGUCGGAGACCUCUCAUACGCCGAUCAUUAUCCCUUGGACGACAAUAAUCGUUGGGACACUUGGGGUCGAUUGGUGGAGCCGAGCACCGCGUAUCAACCUUGGAUCUGGACGGCGGGAAACCACGAGCUAGACUACCGUCCAGCAAUCAGCGAGGUGAUACCAUUCAAGCCGUAUCUUCAUCGCUAUCAAACACCCCAUCGUUCAUCAAAGAGUACAUCGCAGCUCUGGUAUUCGAUCAACAGGGCGUCAGCGCACAUCAUCGUGCUGUCUUCAUACUCCGCAUAUGGGAAAUAUACCCCGCAGUGGGCAUGGCUGCAGAAUGACCUCCAGAAUAUAAACAGGAAGGAAACCCCGUGGGUGAUUGUUUUGAUGCAUUCCCCGUGGUACAACAGUAACACCCAUCACUACAUGGAGGGCGAAACGAUGCGUGUGCAAUUCGAAGCAUGGUUUGUGCAAUACAGAGUCGACAUUGUGUUUGCCGGGCACGUUCAUGCAUACGAACGGAGUCACCGCGUCUCUAAUAUCGAGUACAACGUUGUCAACGGCCAAUGCUCUCCAUCCCGCAACGAGUCUGCGCCUGUCUACAUAACAGUCGGCGAUGGAGGAAACAUAGAAGGGCUCGCUGGAAACUUCAUGCAACCGCAGCCAAACUACUCGGCAUAUCGCGAGGCGAGUUUUGGUCACGCAAUGCUCGAGAUCAAAAACAGGACGCAUGCUUUCUACUAUUGGCACCGUAACCAGGACGGAGAGGCUGUAAAAAGCGAUUCGACUUGGCUCACAAACAGCUUGUCUUCAAACACCAGUUCUUUGUUUCAGAUACAUUUAAAAUUACAUCGAACAUCCUCCCAUUAACCUCCCAAAUGGAGGGAGACCAAGACCAUCC